AUGGCAAAACAAUCAAGCUCCACCCCAAAGAAGUUAGAUAUCAGAAGCAGGUCAAGAGUGACGCGUGCGAGGUCCCGCAUCAAUUCUCCCAGCCCUGCUUCGUCGGGGGUCUCUGAGUCUCAUGCAGACUGCUCUUCUCUGCGUUCAGUCACGAAGCCAUCCAAAGUCCUAGGACAUCUUGUGUCAAAGAGUGACCGGAAGAAGGAGUCUAAGGCUAUCCAUGCGAAGUGCUUUGAUGAGAUGGACAAAAUUGGUCGGGAGCUCCAAUUGGCCCUUGCGGAGAAAAAUGACCAAAAGGCCUACGAGUCUCAGUUGUUGCAGAAAAUACAAGCCACCGAAGCUGAAGGGAGUUCGAAAUUGCAGCAAGCUAUUGCGCUCAAAGAAGCCGCUCUGGCUGAGAACAAAAGACUUCAGAACGAAACUCGUCAACUCCAGCAGCAGGUGGAAUUGUUGAAUUCUUCGACACAGGAUAACGUCCCGUGGAAUGACGUUCAACCGAUAUUGCAUCAAACACAUGGCGAGCUAGUGUCCGCGACCACGCGAUACUGGAACGCGAUCGACGCUCUUCAGAACCGCAGACUAGCAUCCUAUCUACCCGGCUCUGGAGUGAUCCACGGUAAUUGGGCGGAGCAGUACGGCCCGCUGGGAUCUUUGGGACACGAUUCACUUCCCGGAUUCACCGAAUCGGGCAAUCCCUCUUCGAGCAAUCAGCAAGAGCCUGGGGCAAACAAUGUGUUUGAUUCCCUUAUGUGA